AUGGCGACCGUCACCAUCCCCGCCGCUAAGGCGUCGCUCGCGCCCGUCGCGCGCAGCGAGAACAAGUCGGCAGGCGCCGCGAAGGUCGGCUUUGCUUCGUCUGGCCUCGCUGGAGCUCGCCUCACCACUAAAGCGCCUCGCGCCGCCAAGCAGGCUGCUACUAGCGCCAGACCCGCCGCUCCUCGCGCCGUGAUUGAUUCCAGCAGCGCCAAGGAUGUCUGCAUGGAUCCUGACGUCAGCCAGAGUGUUCUCGGUAUCAUUCUUGGCGGUGGUGCCGGCACCCGUCUCUACCCGCUCACCAAGAAGCGCGCCAAGCCCGCCGUGCCUCUGGGCGCCAACUACCGCCUGAUCGACAUCCCCGUUAGUAACUGCAUCAACAGCAACAUUGUGAAGAUCUACGUGAUGACGCAGUUCAACUCGGCGUCGCUCAACAGGCAUCUGUCGCGCGCGUACACGAGCAACAUGGGUGGUUACAAGACGCAGGGCUUCGUCGAAGUGCUCGCAGCGCAGCAGAGCCCCGAGAACCCUAACUGGUUCCAGGGCACGGCGGACGCGGUGCGGCAGUACCUGUGGCAGCUGGAGGAGCAGAAUGUGCAGGAGUUCCUCAUUCUCGCGGGAGACCACCUGUACCGCAUGGACUACCAGCGCUUCAUCAAGUGCCACCGCGAGAACGAUGCCGACAUCACCAUCGCCGCGCUGCCCAUGGACGAGAAGCGCGCCGAGGCCUUCGGGCUCAUGAAGAUCGACGACACGGGCCGCAUCGUCGAGUUCGCCGAGAAGCCCAAGGGCGACGCGCUUAAGGCCAUGCAGGUGGACACGACGAUUCUCGGGCUGGACGCGGAGCGCGCCAAGGAGAUGCCGUACAUCGCGUCGAUGGGCAUCUACGUCAUCAGCAAGGACGCCAUGAUCCGCAUGCUCGCCGACGACUUCCCCGACGCUAAUGACUUCGGCUCCGAGGUCAUUCCUGGGGCCUGCGCCAAGGGCGCCAAGGUGCAAGCGUUCCUGUACGAUGGGUACUGGGAAGACAUUGGAACCAUCGAGGCCUUUUACAACGCCAACCUCGCCACGACGCAGCCGGACUCGCCCUUCAGCUUCUACGACCGCUCUGCACCCAUCUACACCCAGGCGCGCUACCUGCCGCCGUCCAAGCUGCAGAGCGUGGACAUCUCUGAGAGCGUCAUCGGCGAGGGAUGCGUCAUUGAGGACUCGCAACUACACCACUCGGUGAUCGGUCUUCGUGCCAAGAUCGGUGCAGGGUCGAUCAUCAAGGACACGCUGGUCAUGGGUGCUGAUUACUAUGAGACGGAGGAGCAACAGGAGGCUCUGGUUGCCAGUGGUGGCGUGCCGAUUGGCAUUGGAAAGAACGUGGUGAUUCACAAGGCCAUCAUUGACAAGAAUGCGCGCAUCGGGGACAACGUGCAGAUCAUCAACAAGGACCAGGUGGAGGAGGCAGCUCGGGAGACAGAUGGCUACUUCAUUAAGAGCGGCAUUGUUACGGUCAUCAAGGAUGCUGUGAUCCCCCCCGGCACCGUUAUCUAG